AUGGCCGCCAUCGCCUCGCAAAAGUAUACUCCCGCCGAGGAGGCCGAGAUCGAGCAGUGGCUGACCACCGCCAAUCGCCUUAAGGCCCCCGGCCCCGAGACAUCCUCUAUCAUCGAGACCCUCAACACCCACCUGUCCUCCAAGACCACCCUGCUCGGCACCAAGCCCAGCAAGGCCGAUCUCGCCAUCUACGAGGUCCUCGCGCCCACCGUCAAGGGCUGGACCCCUGAAGAGCGCACCGGCCAGGCAGGCCAUCCCAACAUUGUGCGCCACCUCGACUUUGUGCAGAACAGCCCGCUGUUUGGCCUCGAGGUCGCUGAGGCGGACAAGGUCAAGGUUGACCCGGAGGAGAUCCUCUACGUCAAGCCUCCCGUCGACGCCAAGGCCGAGAAGGAGCGAUUGAAGAAGGAGAAGGCCGCCGCUGCUGCUACCGCGGCCGGAGGCGAGCAGAAGACGCUCGUGGACAGGACGAAGGAGGCUGCGGGCGCUGCUGUCGAGACGGUGAAGCAGGCCAAGGAUCAGGCCGUUGCCGCCGUCGCAGGCGAGGGCAAGAAGAAGGAGAAGAAAGAGAAGGCCCCCAAGCAGCAGAAACAGGCGGCUGCCCCAGCUGCUCCGGCGCCGCUGUCCCCCGCCCUGAUCGACCUCCGAGUCGGACACAUUCUCAAGGCGAUCAAGCACCCCGAAGCCGAUUCUUUGUAUGUUUCAACUAUUGCGAUGGGCGAUCCCAAGGGAACCCCCGACACCGAGGAAGUUGACGGACAGGUCACUCGCACAGUAUGCUCCGGUCUGAACGGCCUAGUGCCUCUGGAGGAGAUGCAAGGACGCAAGGUCGUGGUAGUCUGCAAUCUGAAGCCUGUGAAGAUGCGAGGCAUCAAGUCCUCUGCUAUGGUCCUGGCAGCGUCGCCACGGGUAAAGGAGGGCGAGGCGGAUGAUCACAAGGGUCCCGUCGAGCUUGUCAACCCGCCUGCGGACGCGAAGGCUGGCGAGCGUGUCUUCUUCGACGGCUGGAAGGGCGAGCCCGAGAAGCAGCUCAACCCUAAGAAGAAGAUCUGGGAAACCAUCCAGCCAGGAUUCACGACUACCGACAGUCUUGAGGUUGGGUUUGAGGCUGGUGCAGUGAAGGAGCUAGGCAAGGAGGGGCUAGGCAAGCUGACCACGGAAAGCGGAGGCAUUUGCACAGUCAAGUCACUCAAGGGGGCCACUGUUCGGUAG